CAUCUGCCUUGGAAGACUUUUGUUAAUCAUACUUUACAUUUCCUUAUAAAAACACAGCCGUACUUUGCGAUUGCUUUAUUCGUCUAGUUGUUUCGAAAAAGUUGCCUUAUCAGCUGCCUUAACUGCCGAAAUGCCGGAAAUGCUCAGCCAGCGCACACCGCAGUCGACAAAAUCGCGCUUCAAUCGUUGGAUACGCAAGUCCUUGAAACCGCUUUCGUUUACUCCACGACGUAGCAAACAGAGCAAAGAAGGACCCCAAACAGACGAUGAUGUCGAUAUCAAGACAACAUCGUGCAGCGCUCCGCCUUCUCCAUCCCCCGCCGACCAUGGAUUUACCGUCGACGACAUCAACUGCGGACAAAUCCUGGGAAAACACCUCCAACCAGUUGUGUACGAAAUCGCAACGGGGCAGUUCAUUCUCGGUUAUCUGUGCGACGUGGACUCGGAAAGACAGCGCGUCCUGGUGGAUUUCGAUUGUUACGGCAACCCACCUUUGUGGCUGCCCGCCGCGAAGGUGCACGAGCAUCAUGCAGUAUCCAAAUGGGGCCUCCACGGCGAAAGGACGGUUGAAGCCGCUAUCCGGUUGGAAUCCGACCAACCCUACGUAUUCCAUCCAGCGCGAAUCGUUUCUCAACAUAACGGGGAAACGGACACUCCAAUUUGUGUAGAACUGACACCUCCGGGCGGUGAUGGACCCAUUCGGAAAUUUAUGCAUCCGCUUCAGGUGCGCGUUGUGCGAAAUUAUCGGCCAAGCUCGUACGCCGAUGAUUUGUACUCAGCUCGAGAGCUGCAAAAACAAACGGCCCCCUUGGAUUUUGGGCAGCGUGCGGAUGACAUUGACCUGCAGCGCUUGUUGGAAGUUUGCAACGAAAUUCCGUGGAUAAAGGUGGUACGGAUAUGGCUGGAUACCCAAUGCGUCCACUGUGUCUAUACGAAAAGCUAUACGGGAAUUUUGGAUGAGACGAAUUUAAAAAUUCUAGUUCAAAAAUCGCUGCGUCACGUGACUGUGCCCGAGAAACCGUUGGAUGUCAGUAACACUGAUGCGGUCCGAGACGAUUUCUUGGUAAAGCUGCCAUAUGAAGUGUUGGAGAUAGUCGUGUUAUCGAUCGAAGACAUCCACAGCGUGGUUAAUGCUCAAAAAGUUUGCAAAUGCUGGUAUGACAUUAUUGUCCGUCAAGAUCGCCACGAACAUGUCGCUGUCGACCUGACCAAUCUGCUUCCCGAUUCCUCCAGCGACCAGGAGCCAAAUUACUCGUAUAACCGAAAUCACCUUAUAAAUGUCCUCGACACUACCGUGACUACAACGACUGUGGCGCUGACGCUAAUGAACGGUGAUAUAAGCCAGGAGUUCGGCAUGUUCAUCUUUGGGUUUCUGUCGAUUAAGGUCCCGUGUUUGCCGAAGAUCGUCCUGAGGAAUGUACAGUGCUACUACCCCGUGGCACGAAACUAUGAACAGCGGCGGCUGGAGUGGGCCAAUCUCCGCCACCUCAUGCAAGCCUGCCGAGAAAUGCAUCUGCAAAGCUUCAUCGUUCCUAACUUCUGCGGCUCCUUCGGCUCCAUGUGGACCGCGCCGGCUGGACGUCGAUCACGGCUGGACGUCGAUGUUGUCGUAGGGAAACUCGGGCUAGACUGCACGCUUAGUGAAGGCGAUCGGCUACAACAUUUUCUGAAGGCGCUAGACGCUAGUUGCCCCUCGUUCACAGCUGCUGAUUUUAAGUACAUUGACACCGCCUAUCGUACGACGCUUGAGCGUGCCGAAUAUCCGCUUCGAAACCAGCUUCUCAUGAUCCAGCUGCUGAAUCAAGCGAUAACCGGACAAGUAGAACCACCGUUGUCCAGACUCGCUGCUCAUGCCUUUCGUUACUCUUAUCUCACGGAGACGUCUUCCAGCUCCGUCCACGGCAGCCGGCAUCCUUCCCGCCCAACGUCAAGGAACCCAGAUCACACAGAUGGAAUAAUUCGGCACUAACGCCAGUUUCGGUUUCCUGGAGCAUUCGGUCUCAUUAGCAAGCGAUGGUUUGUAGUGAACGCGCGCCCGUGUACAGAGUACUGUGCUGGAAUGGCGUAGGAUGUCGCAGUACAUAAAUUAUAGCGCAACAAACUGAAGUCUCCUCCAGUGAAUAAUGGAGAUUUCCGAAUGAGCUUGGAAAGUUUCUCUCCACAAUCAUGGACAGCAGAGGUGCCUGUAAUGAACCGUAGUUAGGCAACAGUUCCAACUUCCAGUUAAA